UCUGCAAUUUUUCAUUUCUUGUCCUUAGUUCCCUGGAUAAGUGACUAAAACAGUGAUUUUCCUUACCAUUGUUAGAAAGUCCUCCUGAGAUGAGUCCAAUACCAUUCUUACUGCUUUCAUGCAAUAGCUCGUGCAGAUGAUGCUUUUCAUGAGCUAUUAACAUCGGUUCAUUUCCUUCAAAGAUAAGUCCCAGGUGCUGUGCACUUGAGAUUAGCACUGAUUUCUGAUUGUACAGUUUUCAAUUAUCUUGGGUUUUUUUCUUACUAAAUUUUGAAUUUUUAUUGCUUGCUUUCUCCUCUUUUUGCAGGCAGGAAGAUUGGAUAUUUCUCAUACAAGACCUUGAGCUGCACCUCAAGUCCUGCAUGUUUAGGAUCUUGUGAACUGGCAAAGAAGCACAGACCAUUUGGCUAAGUCAGAUUUGGAGGUGGUUGUUGCUGGUUACAUACAAGGCCAGUUCCAGAUGUACACAAAAUCAGAUUUGCCUUGGUGGCCCCAGUGGCAGCUUAAACCACGAAACUGUGCUUCAGAUAUGGUGUGUGUCCAGUUUUUCCCUUAGAGAAUCUUGGUGUCAGUGUGAAAGUGGCAUACUGAAACGCUUCUCACACAGAAAAAUCUAGGUUGGAAGGGACCUCUGGUGGUCAUCUGGUCUGAUCUCCUGCUCAAAGCAUGUUCAAUUAAAUCAGGUAUAUAUUUAUUUAGGAGCAAAAUGUCUGCCCUGAGGUUGAUUUCUAACAGAACCUCCCAGCAAGCCUUGUCUAACUCUGAUUACACCUGGGAGUAUGAGUACUAUGAGUAUGGACCAGUGUCAUUUGAAGGCCUGAAGGCUCAUAAAUAUUCCAUUGUGAUUGGAUUUUGGGUUGGUCUUGCAGUUUUUGUCAUCUUCAUGUUCUUUGUUUUGACCUUGCUGACAAAGACAGGAGCACCACAUCAAGAAAAUACAGAAUCUUCUGAAAAAAGAUUCCGGAUGAAUAGCUUCGUGGCAGAUUUUGGAAGACCUUUGGAGUCGGAGAGGGUCUUUUCUCGUCAAAUAGCCGAAGAGUCCCGGUCACUUUUCCAUUUCUGCAUUAAUGAAGUGGAACACCUUGACAAAGCACAACAGAGUCAGAAAGGUCCAGAUCUGGAGAGUAAUACCCACUUCCAGGAAGUUUCCAGGAGUGGUGGAACAUUAGAGGAGGACCUAAAUUGUCUUACAAAAUUUAACAUUCCUAACUUCGUGAACACUGAGCAGAAUUCUUCACUAGGUGAGGAUGAUCUGCUCAUCUCAAAGCCACCUAGAGUUUUAGAAAGCAAAGUGGCCAUGCAAUCUUCUCAUCGGAUCCUUGACUGAAAAUUUCUUAAGGUAAAAAUUCCUGUUGGAAGCCCUUCUCCACCUUCUGGCUAUUUUGGUAGGAGGUAUUUCAGGCAUGUGCUUUUUUUUUUUUUAAUUGUAUGUAAGAAUGGCUGUGCUGACAGAACAGUCCACGUGAUAAU